UCCAGUCGGGCCCAGAGCGCUCUGUCUUUCUCUCUCCCUGUCCUCUCUCUCUCUCCCGUCUGUCACCCGAGCUUCCUCUUGCAGGCUGUGUGUGUUUACCCUCUUUCUCCACCUGGCAACAGGGCUGCAUGCUCAGGAUUACCAGAGGCCUUUUCUUUCAUCGCCACCCGCUCCCUCUUCCUCUCGCUGCUGACUCCUGGACUACGGUAGCCACGGGUGCGAGGCGCUUGAGGAAGAGCCUAGUGAUUUUGGGGGUCCUGUCUUCCCCCGUUUCCAACUCACGUGUGCUCCCUGCGUGCACACCGAGGAGACCAGUUGUGUGGAUCUGUAGAAACAAAGUGGAAAUGGAUCACUCUCUGUUCGGAUGUCUGCGGAGCCCGCAUGCCCCGGCCCAAGCCCUCCACCCGGCGUUCACGCAGUCCUCGCUGACUUUGCACGGACGCUCCGACCACAUCUCCUACCCCGACCUGCCGGGACCCUCGCUGCCCUGCAGCUACGCGGGGGACGAGGCCAGCUUCGGAGGACCUCAUCACAGAGUUCACCCUACUCCGCAGCAUCCACAUCACUCACAGCAUCACCCCGCCUGGCACGUUCCGCAGAUGCCCGCGAUCGGUGGUGACCGUCAUGGCCUCUGCCUGCCGCACCCCGAAGCUGCUGCAGCAGAACUGUGCAACUCAGGGGGAGCAGGUUCUCAGGGCCUGUGCACUGGUAACCCAACGCUUGCUGGUAGUGACCCCUCUAGGGUGUCAUGUGUGUCAGGAGAAUUUGGGAGACAGACCAUGACUAGUGUUGAACCUGAGCGACGGAAUAGCAAAGGAAAGAACGACAGUUCAGAUUCGCAGGAUGGGAGCUAUAAGUCAGACGUGAGCAGUAAACCCAGGAAGGAGCGCACGGCGUUCACCAAGGAGCAGAUUCGAGAACUGGAAUCGGAGUUCGCUCACCACAACUAUCUGACACGGCUCAGACGCUACGAAAUCGCUGUCAACCUUGACCUUACAGAGAGACAAGUAAAAGUGUGGUUCCAGAACAGAAGAAUGAAGUGGAAACGGGUAAAGGGUGGGCAGCAGGGGGCCGCCGCGCGAGAGAAAGAACUCGUGAACGUAAAGAAAGGAACUCUCUCACCCUCAGAGUUUUCCCCUUUAGUGGGGCUUCACCAUCCAAUCGGCUCUCCAAGCAACGAGGAAGACAGCCACGAAAGUGACCAGAGCUCUGAGCAUACGCAUUUAUGAUGCCCGGGGCCCACCCAGUCACUGCCUGCCAAAUUCCUCAGGAAUCAACAACGUUGGUACUCUAAACGCCAUUAACAACUUCUAAACCGGCCAUGUAUUGUUAUUUUGUUAUUUCAUUCGGAGUGCUUGGGGUUUGUUCCUGGUCUGUGUAACAGAUUCUCGAAGGGGUUACAAACCAGAGCUCAGCCCUUAUCGGCACCUAACAGAAGUGAGUUAAAGGUGAACGCACUUGACAAUUUGUAAAAAAACUGGAGAAAGAAAACUACAGUAUGCAUUUCGCUCAUGUGUGACUUUAAUUUUGAAACGUGUAAAUAAAUGUAAGUAAGAAUGUUGUAAACAUUCCACAUGAGUGCCUUGAAGAGGAUUUUUGCACUGUUUUAUUUUUGCCAGAACUGAUUGCUACUGUAUUUAUACAGAUUUUGAAAACAAUUUCACUGAACACUGAACUGAAUCUGUGAUAGCACAGAAUAUGUAUAUUUUUCAUUUAUUUAAAAGAAAACCCCAUUAAGGACAAAUUUCUAGCACACUUGUUUUACUCAAUUUUUAGUUAUGUGUAGAUAGAUAGUGACAAACAUCCUUUUUGUACAUUUAUCAGGAUAAUCUGCUUGAACAGAUACUUUCUGGUAGUUACUCAAAGAGGUUAAAAAUAGACUUUUGAUACACGUUUUAAUUGUGGGGGAGACAAUAUAAUUUUGAUGUCAUUGUUUUUUGUGUUCUCUAGUGUACCCAAGGACUGCAAAUAAUUGCUGAAUGAUCAAUGAGGGGAUUACAGUAGUAAUAGCAUCUAUUUGGCUAUUUAUAUGUAAUUACUCAUGUAUAACAAUGUAAUACCAUUGUAACUACAAAUGAAUGGCCUAUUUAUGAGUGCAAAACACCAAACGGCAUUAUGACAUUUCUGAUCUUUCAAGUUCAGUUUAUAGUGUG